AUGGAACAAAGUUCGGAGAAACGCGUAAAGUCAGAUACACCACAUUCAUACGCCAGAACCCCUCCAACGACAAUCCUUCGAGAUCCACCAUUUUUAAGCAGCACGUCGCGGAGGAACGCCAAAGGGAGGGAAAGGAAGGAAAAGAAGAGGAAGAGACAACUGUCGCCGUCUGGAGAGGAAGAGUACAUUCUCAGGGACAUUCUCAAAGAGGAAGUAAGGCGGGGGAAGCUCUACUACUUGAUUGAUUGGGAGGGCAUUGAUCCUAAUACAGGAAAGGAUUUUGAACACACUUGGGAACCGGCUGAAUACGCGAAUGAGGAAGCAGUGAGGGAUUGGAAAGCCAAAAAGAAACUACUUGCCGAGGAGAUUGCGGACAAGGACUUCUCGUCAAUCUCUAAUACUCAGAGCAGUGAACCUAUACGGGGUCCGAAGCGUAGGAGGACAAAAAGGCGAUCAUCAUCGAGUACUCCGAAGCGGCCUACGGGCACACCCGAAGCCUUAAAUACAGGCGCUUCCAAGGCCUCUUUGUUGAAUAGCCAGAAGAAACGCCCUCAUCACGGAUCUCCAGUAGAAAUCAAGGAUAGCUACGAGGAGGACACUAGUCUCAGUGUUGAUGCACGUCUGGCUAGGAAGCCCGUCGUUGAAAUAUCGUCCGCUUCGAAGAAAAUAGAUCCUAGCGAAUACCGUGUGGUUUCUAUAUAUUCUCAGGAUACUCAGCCAAUCCCUUCCUACAGUGAUUCCGAAGAAGAUAGCCAAGGGCCACGAAAAUCCCCUGUUCGAUUGUUUCAACGCCCUUCGAGACCCAGAAAUCCUUUCGAGGAAAUACCUAUCGAGGAACAGUCCCCAAUCGAUUCUCCUUCGGUCUCUGCUGCCAAGCUCCUUCCCGUCUCUUCUAGCGAAUCUAGUAAAGGUGCGGUUCUCAUCAUCCCCGAUUCUCAGGACUUAGGUGCAUCCGCGUCUUACGAAGUCAGUACCUUGCAGUCUACUGGGGUAACGUCCGAAGGUUGGGUGCACAGCCAGCCGAAUACCCAAGGACAGCUAAGUGAUAGGCCUCUAACCGCUCAUUCGGACAACUCGUCUCCUCAUACAAGAGGCUCUUUAGUCACAGAAAUCUCGCCGACAGGAUCUUCCAGUUACAGAGCUAGUAUCAGUCAUUUUCCGGAUUCAGGAUCUCAGAGUGAUAGCGGACCAAGUCAUCAGAGUGACUCGCUUAACCCUAUUACAGCAUCUGAGAAAUCAAGCUUGAAAAUUAAUGAGAGCCAGCGCUACAGCAUUGAUCAUUCCAAUUCCGAAAAAACAUCUUCUGACAACAGUGCAUUAUCUGGGGAACGAGAAGUUGAUGUUGCAGCCCAGGGGCAUACUUCUUCUGCCCCAAAUAUUUUCGUCAACCAAACUACAACAUCCCAGCCACUACUGCCGAUCCCCCAUACUGAGGACGAAGGUUACAGUGAACCACCCGCUAGCGACUUGAAUGAUAGUCAAUCCUUCCCAGCUAGCUAUCACAGUUCACAUUCCGGAGAGAAAGUAUUGUCUCAGCCUCUCCCACUGUCAAGUUCUUCCACUAAGACUCUACGCCAGCUAUCAAACAAUUCUUCACAAUUUCACGGCUCUGAGCCUGGUCCGUUUCCGGCUUCGCAUAGAAUCGCUCCUCCUCUAUCUCAAACUGACAUUGCCUCCCCGCUUACCGUAGUGCGCCCUGAGGUCACUGUACCAAGUAUAGAGACAGCCCCUAAGGAAGGUGUAAUACUCUUCGAGUCCGCAGCAUCCAAGCAAGCUUUCCAACCAACUUUCGUUUCCCACUUGGACUAUACGAGAGAGGCCCCAUCUUCGGCGUUUCACGCUCAGGGUAUUAUACAAAGCAUUGAGACACAACAAGACAUCCAUUUUCCAUCUUGCACUCCCAGGUCUAAAGUUAGGAUGGAGAGUAACAGUGCUUCGCUGGGAACUCUCAGCGGUUCAAAAGAUACUGUCGCCUUGUUGCGCGAGGCUAGACAACAGGCCAGCGCGAAAAGAGCUGCGGAACGUGCAGCAGCAAGGAGUGCAUCAACAAUGCCUGCAACCCCUCCGCCUCCCCCAGUUCUCGAACAUCCUCUGCCGCUACGCGAAGUUAUUGCGGAAAAGCUUGUCUCCAAAUCUGAGGUGCCGGCCGCUCUCGAGCCCGCUCCUUCAGCAAACAUUUCGCGCCAGCCGUCGCCGUUACCAGAAACAGACGUCAAAGAGGGCAUGACAAGAGAUUUGAGCAUCGCGAUACUAGGUGAUGAUGAGUACAUCGUUCCCCUGCCUUUAGUUGCCCAUACGCGCGACGUCUACGUUGCAUCUUUACGCAAGCGCAAAGAGCAAAGACUAGCCUUCUUCCACGGUUCUACUGACAAAGUCAUUGUGGGCGAUAUUGAGGAGAUGCUUGAGGAACUCGCAAGAAUUUGUGAUCACCUGGAUCUCAUUGCUUCUGAUUACUCUACACAGAGAGAAACGUCAAAUGAGACCCAGGCGAAAUAUGCAGAAACUAUAAGUACUAAAUGCAUAUUCAUUGCCGAGCUGGUUGGCGCAUUACGUCCUCAUGACAAACAUCUUGUCAUUCUCUCGCGAAGUGGAAGGAUGCAAGAAAUCCUACAAACAGUGCUCAUUCGUCACGGUUUCGGGAAACCAGAAAACAGUCAUACUUUCUUCGACAACUCGGACGGCUCCUUGCGGAUCAGUAUCUUGCCCACAGAUGGUGCAUACGUGGACGCUAGCCUCGAGCCUGCUUCUGUCGUUGUUGCAUUUAGUCCAGUGUCUGACGUUCGGCCAUACUCCAACCUUCGAACCAACCCGGCGACUCCGAGUCGCAGAGCCCCCCUCUUAUCCUUGAUAAUUACUCACUCUAUCGAACAUCUCAACCUUUGCUUUGAUCAAAGUAUUCGGGGCAUUGACCGGAAUUUAAAGUUAGCCACGUGCAUAAGUCAGAUACAACGUAAUGUCGGUAAAUCUAGUGCAGACGACUACCCACCGCCUCCAGAGGCCGCAGUCGCUGUAGCUCAGUUCUUGACAGGACCAGACAACGAAUGGCUUAUCCCUCAAAUACCGAUCAUACAUGGCAUGGACCUCCGCCGACUUCCUUCUACCGAUCACUCAGACUCAAGACUUGAUCAACAGCUCUCUGGCUCCACUACUCAAUCCUGGGAUGUACCCUUUACCCAACAGGUGUCUGCUUCCAAGCGACAACUGAUUGACCACGAAACCGACUUUGAGUCCACAAAGCGCCAGAGAUUAACACCUUUUCCAGACGGACAGAUUGACGAUUCCCAAUUGACUCAUGUUAGCGUGUCAACGGGAACAGCUUCCUCCGCCAAAAUCUCUGCCCAGAUUGACGUACAGCAGCCGAGUCAGCAGUCCGAUACAAGCAGCCACGGCGUCAACGACCGUGUUAUCACACUUGAAAGAAAGGUUGGUGAUCUUGGAAACGAGCUGAGGCUGAAGGAAGCGUCGAACACCGAGUUGCGACUUGCAAACCAGGAGCUGGAGGAGCGGCUGCAUAAUAUGGAGCUAAGCUUCCAAAAGAUUCAACCUCGAUUCCAGGAAGCUCUAAAUGAUCGUGCUCAUUUCGAAAAAGAAAUCACCAGCGCGCUACAAGUUCAGGCCAGAUUACAACAAAAGGCUGACGCUAAAGAUGAGCUAGAACGAGAACUGAGCGAAGCUCGCGCAGCUUUAUCGUCAUCUUCUAUCCCUGAAAUAGCUGCUUUCAACAAGCUGAAGGGAGAAAUAUUAGCAUUGAAGACCGAGAUUGACCGUCUUGAGAAACGGCGCAUCACUGCAUCGAAUGAACAAGCAUUUUUCUCGAACCAAUAUCAAUUAGCGUCGGCAGAGGCGCAGCAAGCCAAGCAACAAAACGCGAUAUAUGAAGAAGAGCUCAAAGCCCUUCGGCCGAAGUGCGCCUCAAAUGCAGUCGAGAUUCAUCAAAUUCAUAAUGAUUCGGAAAUAUCGCAGCACUUGGACAAGAUCAGGCAGCUGGCCGCGCUGAACGCCGAGUAUGAAAGAGAAUUAGAGAAGAAGAAUGAAGAGUUGAGAGCACUCAAGAACGGUAGAAGAGGGGCAACUCGUGGAACGUCUGUACCAAGGAGCCCAAGACUAGGUGCAGGGACUAUGAGCCCAGGAAAUGGCGCCGUACGAAGAGUAGUUGCGCACGGGAGUCGAGGAAAUAGUCCAGCACCCAGUGAGCUGGCUAGGGGUCAAUUUGGGGAAGCGCUUUUUCAGGGUAUGGGUACAGGACGUUGGGCGACUCAUUUACAACAAUGA